AGAGUUUGAAUCCGGUUGGAUUCUCUGGAGGAGAGGGGAUAUGUAAUGUUCUUACUCCGUUCAGAACAUACACAACUACAUUCUAACGCCAUCUAUGACUAAUUAUGAAAAGCAAUCGUCACUAGUAUACAUCUCCAAGAUGAGUUUACGAUGGUGAAAUUUAGGGUAGCGGUAGAAAACGGGCCGACCCUACGAAGAGAUAAACGCGGUGAGAGUCGCUGCAGGCGUUUGUCACUGCAAUGGCAGACGCAAUAAAUUAAUAUUUUAAGACAUUAUACGGUCAUUGUGUGCGUAUAGUUCCGAAACAUGAAUAUGUGAAGUUCGUUGGUGUGUACAAGUCACGGGCAUAUGGGAACGCCCUUUUUUUGAUGUAAGGAAUUGGACCAUACGAAAUAAAUGUUAGAUAAUAACAUUAAUAACAAAUUGACACUCAACCGUUGAAGGAUACGAGUGUAUAAUUCGCCGCUAAAAUCAUCGCUAGCUUGGCCCAGCGGCAACGUUGGUGGAGAACGGUGCAAGAGGUUGCAAGUUCGAUCCCCGGCAGGACCAAUAUACUGUUUCUCUUUUAUUUAUUUUUUUGUUUUUAAUGUUAAUACUUUUUAUUUUAUUUUCUUUCAUUUAAUAUUGUUUUGUUUCCUCUGCUAGUAUAUUUAUUUAGAUAAAUUUUUCCGAUUAGCAUAAAUUUAUUUUUACGCUUUAUUUUUAAGUUUUUCCUUACUUCGGUCCAACCUUUGUUUACUUAGUUUUAAUUUUACUCAUACUUAUUUGUUUUGUGAACUUCAAUUAUAUGUUACUAGCAACGCUGUCAAUAGUUUCCUUGGUAUACAUUGCACGAACCCUGAUCAUUACAUUGGCGCCUGACAGCUGAUACUAAGUUGAAUACACUAUUGGCAAUAGUUGGCAGUAAAUGGAAAUUUAGUUGAUAAGUUUGUAGCUAUUUUAUUGUUCUAGGUAUUUUUGCAAUUUUUUUAAGAUCAUGGAUGUUAACCAUUUACAUAAGGAUGAGCUGGAAUUUGAGUUGGCUUGCCGGGGGGUAUCUGAUUGUCAAACGGUGGCGGCUAUGCGGAAGUUUUUGCGGGCGAUGUUAAAGCGGGAAGCGUCUGGGGAAUCUUCAAUUUCGUUCAAGGUCCCUAUUGCGUGCGUUGAAAAUCAGGGUAGUGAAAUAUUAGGUUGUAGAAGCAAAUUGGCCACGUUGGUCACUUUGAUUAGGGAGGCGUCACUCAGUCCAGACUGGUCUUUAAUCAAACGGAUAUUCUCCCGGUUGACACACCUAGCAAAUCGGACUAAGCUGAUUGUACCUAAGGAGCGGGACGACAUUGAGAGUCAUUCUGCGCUAAUCAGAGAGAUAGAAGAAGCGAGGUCGGCUUUAGACAAGUUGAGUCAAGAGGCCAGCGAUGAUGAGGAUAGCAUCCCCGAACAUGACAGAGCCGCGUUGCAUAGGUCCUUAGGUGAUGAGGCGGUUAAGAUAUUAGGUCAUUUGAAUAUAGAUAAGGAUACAGUUAGGGACACACCGAAGCAGGAGCAGAGCCAGCCGAGAGUGGAAGGCACGUCGACAUCUGCCGGUGUGGAGCUUCAGGACAAGCCUCAACCGAGUAGAUCAGAGUAUCCAGAGAUGAAUGAUAGCCACGUAGACCUCCAGGGAAACGAACAUGGCCCGGUCCUAAAGCCAGCCUUACAACCCCCCUUGUUGCAGCGGUCAUCCACGAUGGAUCAUGAUUUCCAGAGACGAAAAUUGGUUCCCAUCAAGGAUUGGGGGGUUAAGUUUAGUGGAAGAGGGUCGGUUAGCAUAAACGCAUUUCUUGAGAGGGUCGACGAGCUCAAGGAUGCACGUAAUGCCGGUAACGACGAUUUGUUCCGCUACGCUAUAGACUUCUUCGAGGAGGAAGCUCUUAUAUGGUUUAGAGCUAAUAAGAAUUCUGUAACGAAUUGGACGGAGUUGGUGAAACUUCUAAUGGAUACUUUCCAAGAACCGAACUAUCAAGAUGAACUUCUGGAGGAAAUCAAGCGGAGGACCCAGAGUAGGCAGGAGAGCGUCGUUAUUUACAUAUCCACCAUGCAGAACAUGUUUAAUCGCUUGCCUGAGCCACUCACAGAGCUACAAAAGUUGGUCAUAUUGAGGAAAAAUGUACAGCCUUAUUUUCAGAAGGAAAUAUGCCGGGAUUCUUUCAGUACGGUGGCAGAGUUGACAGCAGUUCUAAAGGUUGUCGAGCGUACUAAACUAACUUGUGAGAAAUUCAAAGAACCAACACAAGAUACUUAUUCGUUAGAGCGGGAUCUCGCAUAUCAGGGUAUAGGAGAGGCUGGGCAACGUAAGCAGAAUGAAGUUGCAGCCAUUGGGGACAAGACGCAGUCUAAAUGCUGGAAUUGUAGGAGUCCAGGGCACCGGUUUAGAGAAUGCAGUCUACCAAGGCAAAGACUUUUUUGCUAUAAAUGUGGGCGCUUUGGGAAUACAAUUCAGAAGUGUUCCUGUAAUGCUACAAGGGAGGGAAACGGGCAGUUGGAGUCGAUGCCUGCCGAUCAGACCCCAAGAAAUUAG